AUGAAAAAAUUAGUGAGUGAGAAUUUUAAGGAUUGGCAUAAGAAACUAUAUGAAGCUCUUUGGGCCGAUUGUACAUCGCCAAAGAGGGCAAUUGGGAUGUCUUUGUUUGAACUGGUCUAUGGUGUUGGCGCUCAGGUAGCACUUCCUUUAGAGCUGGCAGCCACCAAGUUACAAACAGUGAUUGAAAACGCUUACUUCCAGAGUUCUUUAGAAAAGAGAAUCAUGCACCUGACAAAGAUUGACGAAGAGAGGGAUAGACUGGUGGACCGGAUAACAGAACAUCAAAUGAGAGUAAAAAGAAUAUUCGACAAGCGAUCAAGGCCUCAAAAGUUCAUGCAGGGUGAUCAGGUACUGCUUUGA